AUAUGACCAUAAUUCAUGUGCUGGACAAAAUAUUUGGGGCAGAGGAUUGCUGGAGAACUGCGGGAAGCUGAUCUUUCACAAUUAUCGAGUACUUCGCUCGCUCGAGUACUUCACUUUCAUCCCCAGUCGACAACCUUAAUCAGAGAGGUUUCAGUUUCAUUCAAGGGGCUCCAAAUUUUAAUAGCGAUAUUUUAUAGACUGGAAACAAAUAUGAGGGUUAUAUCCACUUUAUCGUACACCUUCCUGCUGCUCCUCAACUACGCGGUGCCCAUAUGGGGGGCGGAUCUCAUGCUGCAGGUUCCAGCUGGUCGGGAGGAAUGUUUUUUCGAACAUGUCGACUUUAACAGGACGUUAUAUAUUGACUACUCUGUCGUCAGUUCGAACCAAGGCGAGUUGGAUAUUAACUUCCAACUGUCAGACACCCAAAGACGCCCGAUCAUUUCAGAGUUUCGAAAAACCGAGUCGCGUCAUGAGUUGCCCAUCAUGAUGGCAGGAAUUUAUAAAGCUUGUUUCGAUAACACAUUCAGUCAUUUUAGUCACAAGACGGUUGCUUUCCAUAUGAGCGUGGAUAGCGACGAUGAUACCAAUUGGAAGGAUUAUGACGACAAUUUUCAGCCCGAUGUUCAAGUUUACGAUGUUCAAGUGAAUGACAUCAAGUCGAUUAUAGAACGUGUUCGAGUCUCUCUCAACAAAGUUCAAAGCACUCAAGAUCAAGUUCGCUUGACGGAACUGAAGGAUCGAGGAAUAGCUGAGAGUAAUUUUGAACGAGUGAAUUUCUGGUCAAUGCUCUACAUGUUGAUUCUGAUUUUUGUUGGAGGGAUGCAGGUUUUACUACUGAGGAGCAUGUUUGAUGAGAAAUCAACAAUCCGGAAGUACAUGGCAAAAUUCAAGCGAUAAAGUAGAUAAUUAUCGAUUACACAAAAAAUCCAAAUUACCAAAAAGAUUCAUCAUCCAAGAUUUUUGCUACAAACUUGUACCGUUUAUACAAUUGAAUAUUUUUGAAAGAAACGUGAUAUUCCACUUAAAUUUCAUUCGUGUAUGUAAGUAUGUGUAGCAGCCUUUGAUCCUUUGUAUUAUUUUGUGCCAGUGGUCAGUCCAUAUUCCAAGUCAGCCAUUCUAUUUAUUUUUAUUCGUGAAUUGUUACCAAUAUAUGCACCGAAAUUAGUGUGUCAGUCAUUAUACGGAUCGAGGAUUGCGAGUAACCGUUACUUUUAUUUAUUAAAAUAUAUAUAUUUUUGCUGCUGAAUUGUACUUCUGUCAUCAACGAGCUUUAAAGAAACGCUCAAUGCUUUUUAUUUAUUUCUGUUUUACUGCGAAAUUAUUCGUGAGAUUAUAGUUUAUUAGAAUUUCGAUUGUUGUCAACUUUUAUCGAUAAAUUGUAUAAUAUUCCAUUGUCAUACGAUUGCAACCCAAUAUAAAUCCGUUAAAUAUUAUUAUUAUUAUAAGCAAUACAUCAAUGGUACUCAUCAAUAACCUUAAUAGGCAGCAUUACGUGUUUUUGAAAAUGAUCAGUUGUAGUAAUAAUAAAGUGCCUUGAUUCCCCUGUCA